UUGAAUAUGGCUCCAGUCAAAGAAGUAGAAAAUAAGAAAGCACCACCAACAGAAAAAAGGUCUCUUCAAGUCUCAAAUCCUCACCUGGAAGAGAUGAAAGAAGAUAUACUAUAUCAUUUUGAUCUUGGAACAAAGACUCAUGAUUUGCCAGCCCUGUUUGGGGAUGUUAAGUUUGUAUGUGUUGGAGGCAGUCCAUCAAGGAUGAAGGCUUUUGCUCAGUACAUUACUGGAGAACUGAAAAUGGGAGACCCUAAAGCAGACAUUCCUAACAUCUGUGCAGGAACAGACCGCUAUGCCAUGUAUAAAGUAGGACCAGUGCUGUCCAUUAGUCAUGGCAUGGGAAUUCCAUCUAUCUCAAUAAUGCUUCACGAACUGAUCAAACUUUUGUAUCAUUCCAAAUGUUGUGAUGUUACUAUUAUUCGUAUUGGUACAUCUGGAGGCAUAGGUAUUGAUCCAGGCUCUGUUGUGAUUACAAGUCAGUCUGUGAAUCCCCGUUUUGAGCCUCAGUUUGAACAAAUUGUUCUUGGUAAAACAGUAAUCCGUGGUACACAACUGGAUGCAGAAUUGGCCCAAGAGUUGGCUGAGUGCAGUCAAGAAAUCAAUGAGUUCAACACUGUUAUUGGAAAUACAAUGUGCACUUUGGACUUCUAUGAAGGCCAAGCACGUCUUGAUGGAGCAAUCUGCUCAUAUACAGAGGAAGAGAAGAUGCAGUACCUUAAAGCUGCUUAUGAUGCCAGCAUUAGAAACAUUGAGAUGGAGUCAUCAGUUUUUGCAGCAAUGUGUAACAUAAGUGGACUGCGAGGCGCAGUGGUUUGUGUCACACUUUUGAAUCGUUUGGAGGGAGACCAGAUUUCUAGUGCCCAUGAUGUUCUGGUGGACUAUCAACAGAGACCUCAGAAAUUAGUUGGAUACUUUAUAAAAAAACAUUUAACAAAAAUGUAAGUCACAAUGUAUAUUAUGCAUCAUUAUGUGGUAGUUGUAAUUGAGUUAUGCAUUUAGGGUUUUCAUAUAUUUC